AUGUCUUCCGUGUUCACUGCUUUUUGCUUUAUUAAAACUGUUAGUGGAAAUGACAAAUUCUUGACUGGAACUGCCGUAUAUCGUGUAACUAAUGAUGAAAAUGAAUUUAGAGAACUCACCUACAAGGGUUUUACUGGAAAUUCUGAAACUUUAAUAAUUGAUUUCGAAAAAAAUUCCAUCGUUCUCAUGAUAGGAAGAUAUGUUUACCAUCAAAAUAGUGAAUAUCUCAGCCUUAUUCAAACCAUACCGCUUUCUUCCCCUCAACACGAUUCAACUUGUGCUCCCGAAGACCUCCCAUUGGCUUUUCCCCUUUUGCUUUAUACUGCGCCUGCCAUUACUAACUCCUAUAAAUUUAACGAUACUAUUGGAAGGCAAAGUUUUAUGUUAUCAAAAAAACUUUACAAUCCUGUAACUGACCAGAAAGCUAUUGAAUCUGAUGUAAUCGUAUCUUAUACCAAUGCAAAUGGUCGUUAUGAUUCUCUUAAAGAAAGCUUAAAGAAGAGUGUUAUAUCAGCUGUUGGAAGAUUAAAACUUACCUCCAAUAGCAAAAUCCCCCACAUAAUUUCCUCUGAAAUCGAGUGGAGUUAUGCCGCAAAUGAUCUGAAAUCAUCAAACAAACCCUCUAUAAAAUCUAAAGAGUUAAACACUCAACUCGAUUUGAUUGAAGAACAUACUUCAUCCGAUAAACCUUUAGCCACAAAUCUUAAAGACCUCGCUGAUCAAAUCUGA